AGAGCCGGCGGCAGUUGAUCACGUGAUCGCCUACUGUUGUGCAGUUUGUACAGUGUUCUCUCGUAACCAAGUCGAAUUUUUUACGGGCCCUCCGUGCGGCGAAGAUACUAGAAUUAGGUGAAUGAAAACUGUGCCCAGCUCCGAUGGAUAUGAGAGGAAGAGAAAACGGCUCACAAGGGGGCGGGCUAGGUGGAUUUUUGGAUAACAUUUCUUCUUUGAGUUGCAUCGCUGAAGAAAGGCUGUGUCCCAACCCCAUCUGCAGGUCUCACUUUUCCCAGAUGAUGGUGGCAGAGUUCGUAGAACGCCAGAAUAGUUCCCCAGCAAAUGGGGAAACACCACUUCAUGCAUCCAGUACUCCAACCAACAACAAUAACAGUGCUGUAGCAAAUAAUGGGAACAUUAAUUGUACUCCAACUUCUGGAUAUUUAUUUAUUGAACAAAAUAUGGACCUCGGUGCAAUACCUCGAGAUGGAGAUAUGACUUCAAGUCCUGAGACUACCAACAUGGGUGAAAAUUAUCCUCCUGGAUUUGAUGUCAGUAGUCAUUUGCAGAGAAAAGAUUUGUUUUCUCAGAGGAAACAGCGGGAAUUCAUACCAGAUAAUAAGAAAGAUGAAAGUUAUUGGGAUAGAAGGAGGAGAAAUAAUGAAGCUGCGAAAAGGUCUCGAGAAAAACGUCGUUACAAUGAUAUGAUUCUUGAACAAAGAGUCGUAGAAUUGAGCAAAGAAAAUCAUUUUUUAAAAGCCCAGUUAGCUGCAAUUAAAGACAAAUAUGGUAUCAGUGGUGAAGCAGUUGUAAAUGUUGAACAAGUGAUGGCUACAUUACCUACAAAUGAUCAAGUACUAAGUAUUACUAAGAGGGCUAAGUUGAGCACUAAUGCCCUAACUCCCCCAAUAAUGUAUCCACAAAGUUCUGUGCCUAUACCUACACCUGUUAUACACCGAACAGCUAACACAGGACCAUCUCCACCUAUAGUACCAAUUCAUCAAGUGUAUACUGAAACAGACACUUUUCAAGAAAAUGACAGGUAUCCAUUCCCAUUUACUCCAGUCUUACCACCACUAAAUCCUCCUGUUUUAGAAGCUGCUGGAAACAGUGUGCUAAAUUUGAGCAGAAGUCGUCCUAAUGAAUCCCCUAUUUCUUACGAAAUUCCUCUUGCAUCUGGAAGUGGAGAGGUUCCUCUAGCUUCAAACAACAAUAGCCUCCCACAUAAACUGCGACAUAAAAGUCAUCUUGGUGACAAGGAUGUUGCAGCUACUGCAUUACUUUCUCUCCAUAAUAUUAAACAAGAGCCACCAUCUCGUGCAAGUCCUCCAUGGGAUGGAGAAGGAAGUAGUGAUGAAAGAGAUUCUGGAAUUUCACUUGGAGCAGAAUGGAUUAUGCCAGCACAUAAUAUAACAAAUGAGCAGCAUGCUCCUCCAACAUCUCCAAUUACUCAUGAUAUAAUUGAAAAUGAAGAUGAUGACACCCAUUUGAAAUCAGAAGUCGCUCGGCUAGCAUCUGAAGUGGCAAGCCUUAAGAGUAUGCUCUCUCGAAAAAAAACUCACAACUUGACUAUUAAUUAAAAGAAUGUGUAAUAUAUAUCGGGAAGUUGUGUUUAAAAACUUUACAUUGAUUUAAAUUGUACAGUAUUUAUAUAUAUAUAUUUAUAUGUGUAUAUAUAUAUAUAUAUAUAUAUAUAUAUAUAUAUAUAUAUAAAAUAUUUUUGUAGCAUUAUAGCUUAUCAAUAUAACUUUGACUCAUGAAAUGUUUCAUUAACAGGAAACUCAACAAUAAUGAUACAAUAUUUAAAUUUGGUUCCUUUUUUUACUAGUGUAUAUCUGGAAAAAUACAAAAUUUAGUGUAUCUAGUUAAUUUUAACAUUAUAUUAAAAAUAUAAUUAUAAUUGUAUUAAAAUUUUUGUAUUAUAUUUUUUCAAUGUUUUAUAGGUGACAAUAUGUAUAUAAUAAAUGUUAUUCUGUAAUAAUUUCUCAAAUAUAUAUGAAUUAUGGUUUUUAUGUUCACAAAUCUCUUUUUAUAAAAAAGUGAAAUAAAAUACAUAAAUAAAAAGUAAAAAAAAAAAAAAGUGAACAAAUAGAAAAAAAGGACAAUUCAUCAGUAGAUUGUUGUUUAGUGCCAUUCAAUAAAAUCUUGGAACUUAAAAAUCAGUUUUUAAGUUACUUAUUUCUAAUUUUUUUUUUCACUUAAUAUAAGGGUAAUAUAUUAUUUGUAAAAUAAAAUAUUAUCACACUUAAUAAAAGAGACAUUUAAUGUCUACUUUGAAAAGUCUAUACUAGGAAUAUCUAAAAGUAUAAAAACCAAUUCCUUGGUGUAAACAAAUUUAUAUUCAUUAAUGAGCACAAAUAAUAUCAGUCAAUUGCAUUGAAUUUAAUUCCUAUUUUUAAAUUUAUUUAUAUUUUAUUUAGGUUAACUUUGUAUAUUUAUAUUUAUUGUUAUUUAUUUAAUUACAUUUACUUUCUAGUUUUCUUUGGUUUUUGUAUGUAAUCGGUGUAUUAUAUUGUAAAAAGACAAUUGAUCAAAUCCAUCAUUUAUGCUAAGAUUUUUGAGAGACGAUUUUGUAUACUUUAUACUAAGAAGUACAUUUAUAUGUAUGCUAUAUCUUUUCUUGAUAAUAAUCAUAUCAUAAUAUGGUAUUGAGUAAUUAUUUGACCUAUUCUAAAUUAAGUUUCAAUUCUGAAGAUCUCUAAGUUAGUGUUUAAAUUUGAUUGUGGUUCAUGGUAUGUUAUUAAUUACAGCAAAUAUAACUUUAUAUACCACAGCACUUUAUGGUUCUUGUUCAUAAAUAUAUGAAAUGUUUAGAUUAAACAUUGAAAUUCAUAUCCAUGAGGUCAUGACAUGAAUAGCUGAAACUUUGCUGAACCAAACAGAAUAAUGGUUGAAGCGAAUGAUUUCAUCGCACAUAUUUACAUUUUCUAAAUAACUACAAUAGUUAGAAUAGAUAGUAAACAACAUAAUCUUUGAGAUUCAUUAAUUAAUAGUCAAAAGAUAGAUUCAAGAAAUAUGUUGUUGUUUUUUAAAUAAUUUUUAUAAUAAAAACGAAUUUUGAGUGUAUCAUAAUGCAUUACUUUCUGUUUAUUUCUCAUGUCUAUUUCAUGACAGACCUCAUUCCCAAUUUAGGCUCCUAGUCAUGCAGUUAAAUUGAUGUACUGUUAUGGUUUCUAAUGAAUUGCUUUUUCAAGGUCCACCUUUUAAAAUAAUACGUUAAUUCAUAGUAGAACAAAGUUAAUAACAAAGAAUAAAAAUGUAAAAUUAUGAAUUAUAAUUCUUAAUGAGAGGAAUGGAUUUCAAAUUGAAAAAUAUGUUUUUGAUAAUAAUCAUAAAGUCAAAAUUAAGAUUUCAAUCGUUUAUUUGUGUUUAUUCAUAAUCUUUAUUUAUUGUAAAUGAUGGAAAUACUUCUGUAAAUUGAUUUUUAUUUGAACAAAUUAUUUUAAAAUGUUUUUGAAAUAAAUUUCCCACUAGUAAUAGUAUAAAAACAUCCCAUUUAAAUUUGAAAAUGUAUGUAAGUUUGUAAGAAAUACAUAAGGAAUUUCUAUAUGUAAAUAUGUCUAAACAGAAAAAUAUAUAUUUACAAACGUAGAUCAUAAAACAACAUACAAUCCAAAAAUGUACAUAUUCAGAUGAACACUUGGAUUUUAAACUCAAGUUUAUGACACUUGAUCUUAUAUAUUUAUGUAUGAGCAUUCCUAAAUUUCUGAUUAAUAAUACCAUGUUAGGUAAAACUUAAUGUUUCAUGUAAAUUUAUUAUCAAACAUUCAUUAAUAUUAUGCACUCAUAUAAUAAGAAGUUUAAAUAAUAUUUGUAAGUGGUAUAUAGCUAAAACAUAAAUAGUCACUUUAGCUUGAGACUUGGGUUAUUGUUGAAUCAAAGAAGACAAAAAAAAAGUAUGCUAAACAUCUGAUUGGUUCUUCUUUUUUGUGCUUGUGUUUUCUUGGACUGAGCCUCCAGUUAACAAACUACAAAUUUUUAAAAAAUAAUAAUAACCUUGCAACAUUGUCUAUAACUUUGAUUGAUGUUAUUAGAAAAGAUUUUAGUACCACAUAAUAAAAUCCUAAAUAAUUAAAUUAGUACUAAAGGAAAAACAUUAAUUUUUCAGAAACGAUUCACUAUUUUUCAUAAAUAUUUAAUUACUAUAAAUUUUGGUUUUAUGGAGAUCUAUAAAGUUGUACUUAAAUUCUUGUUUAAAAGUAUUUAUUAAUGUCUUUAUGUUAUAAUAUGUUUGUGAUGAAUAUUUUAAAUAUAUGUGAUAUGAUGUCCUUUAUUUUUUUCUUAAUGUAAAUGUGGAAAUAUAAAUAUAAUUGUUUAUUUAUAGUUUAUCAA